GGAAAGAUGGAAUGGAAAUACACAGUACCAACUUUCCAUAAAGUGUCUGCGUAACGACGCUUUGCGAUUCUUUCAUCACUGUAAUUCCGUCGAAGGACUUUGUUGUAGAUUGUUUGAGAAAAAAAGAAGUUUAUAGAAGUAAAGCGAAGAAAGUUAAAAGUACUGGGUUGGCUACCGUUGGAGUUUGGAGAUGGGUUGUGUGAAUUGGGAGAUAUAUGUGAGGACUUUCAUUGGGCUGAUGGCAAUUUUUGUUGCGCCAUUUUGCCAUGGACUUACCGACCCUCGUGAUGUUUCUGCAGCAAAUAGUUUAUAUGCUUCUCUGGGCUUCCCACCUCUUCCUGGGUGGGUUCCCCUGGGGGGAGACCCAUGCGCAGAAGGUUGGCAAGGGAUACUUUGUGUAAAUGCCAACAUAACCGGAAUAGUUCUCCCUGGCGCAAAUAUAGGGGGUGUACUGAGUGACAACUUGGGAGACUUUGCUUCUAUCAUACAAAUAGAUCUCAGCAACAACCACAUUGCUGGUAGUGUUCCAUCCAAUUUGCCCGUUACUAUCAGGAGCUUUUUUCUUUCAGACAACCAGUUCACAGGAAGUAUCCCGGCUAUGUUGUCUUCAUUGGGUCAGUUGUCAGACCUGUCGCUUAAUGAUAACCAUUUAAGUGGAGAAUUACCAGACGCCUUCCAACAGCUUACGGGUUUGACAAAUUUGGAUCUGUCUGGUAACAAUUUGAGUGGUCAACUGCCACCAUCGAUGGAGAAUUUGUCAUCUCUCUAUUUAUUGCACUUGCAGAACAAUCAAUUUGUUGGGACCCUUGAUGUUUUACAAGAUCUUCCCCUAAGAGAUUUGAACAUAGAGAAUAACCUAUUUUCUGGACCUAUACCCGAGAAGUUGCUCGGUAUUCCGAAUUUCAGAAGAAGUGGAAACCCCUUCAACACUACAAUUAUCCCAUCACCUCCUGCUUCAGCACCUUCACCAUCCCCUUCUGAAGCUCUCCCCCCUGUAUUAACUUCGGGAUUUACUCCGGGAACAUCAGCAAAAGGACCAUCUGCUCCCAAAAUAUCAAAUUCUACAAGAGGAGGAAAGUUCUUUACAGCUAAAAGGGUCACAUGGAUUGCUAUUGCAGGGUCUCUACUAUUUAUGGUAAUUGCAUUAGGAGCAUGCCUUUUUAUGUCAGGAUGCUGUAAAGGAAGCCAAGCAUCCAAUAAAAUUGACAAAAGGCAUGAAAUGGGUGCAUAUAAUGCCCCAAAGGAGAAGCCUAGGCGUAAUGAAUCUUCGCUAAAACCCUACAACCAUACAGGGGAAGUUUCAAAAGAGGCAGUUUUAAGGCCACCAGCUGGAUAUGGAAAAAGCAGUUUAAGAUUAAAGCCAGAUGAUGAAUGGGAUAUAGAUCUUAAAGGAGUGGCUACAAGUUCAAUACGUAAGGAGGAUCAUGUGAUAGAUAUGAUGGGAAAUAAUGCAAAUGUUCUGCCGCCUCCAUCCCCAUCUCCCCCUAUAACGUUGAAAAGACAUUCAACUAAGAGUUUAAAUUCUGUAAAGUCCUUCACCAUUGCAUUUCUUCAACAGUAUACAAACAGCUUUUCUCAGGAAAAUCUUGUUGGAGGAGGCAUGAUUGGCACUGUUUAUAGGGCUGAGCUUCCAGGUGGGAAGCUACUGGCCGUUAAGAAACUGGAUACUGCAGCUUCCAGGCAGCUGAGUGAUGAAGAUUUUCUUGAACUAGUCUCUGGUAUCUCUAAACUUCGACAUGCUAAUGUUGUUGAGCUCAUGGGUUACUGUGCUGAGCAUGGGCAACGGUUACUUGUCUAUUCGUAUUGCAACAAUGGGACACUUCACGAAGCACUGCAUAUGGAUGAUGAAGUCCACAAAAAACUUUCAUGGAAUACUCGUAUCCGCUUGGCACUUGGAGCUGCAAAGGCCCUAGAGUAUCUGCAUGAGGUUUGUCAACCACCCAUUGUGCACCGGAACUUCAAGUCUGCCAAUAUUCUCCUUGAUGAUGAGCUUGCAGUACAUGUCUCAGAUUGUGGUUUGGCUCCUCUAAUAACAUCCAACUCUGCAAGUCAGUUGCAAGGUCAUGGUUAUGGUGCCCCAGAACUCGAGUGUGGAAACUACAAUUAUCAGAGUGAUACCUACAGCUUUGGAGUUGUUAUGUUGGAACUUCUCACAGGGCGAAAAUCCUAUGACAGCUCACGACCUCGAGGAGAGCAAUUUCUGGUUAGAUGGGCAAUUCCUCAGCUUCACGACAUAAAUGCAUUAUCAAGGAUGGUUGACCCUUCUCUAAAUGGGAUGUAUCCAUCUAAGUCUUUAUCUCGUUUUGCCGAUAUAAUUUCUCUGUGUGUCCAGGCUGAGCCAGAAUUCAGGCCGCCGAUGUCUGAAAUUGUCCAGAACCUCUUGCACACGAUUCAGAGAGAUCCCUGAGAAAGAGGUGGAUGGGGAUUAACUUAAUCAAGAAAAUGAGCAUUGGAGAUGUUAAAUAUGGUUGAGGGUGCAAUGGUUCAAAGUUUGUUCUCCUAGGUCCUUGAGAAAAUAUUUUGUACAAAAUAGGUGCAUGAAUAUACUGAUUAUUUAUUUAUUAUUAUAAAUUAAUUAAAUUUUUUUUUUUUGGUGAACAUUAGUUUAGAUUUGAAAUCAACCUGCAACAAAAUAUUAUUGGCGUCGCCUGCUCCCUAAACCUGUUCGAAUAGGGUUCGUUUUUUAACAGCUUUACUUGAACUAUGAUGGGUUUUCAUUAUUUUAUAUAUCUUAAUCAAAUUGUGUAAUUGUUGCGAUGUAUGAUUAUUUCUUAUAAAUGUAAUAACCAAAUGUGGUUUUGCAAA